GCUCCAGGCAUGGAAGAGCUGAUAUGGGAGCAGUAUACUGUGACUCUGCAAAAGGAUUCCAAAAGGGGAUUUGGUAUUGCUGUGUCUGGAGGUAGAGACAACCCCCACUUUGAAAAUGGUGAAACAUCAAUUGUCAUCUCAGAUGUACUCUCAGGUGGGCCUGCAGAUGGACUACUUCAAGAAAAUGACAGAGUGAUUAUGGUUAAUGGCACCCCCAUGGAGGAUGUACCCCAUUCAUUUGCUGUUCAGCAGUUGAGAAAAAGUGGGAAGAUAGCUGCUAUUGUUGUCAAGAGGCCCCGAAAAGUGCAACUCGCUCCUCUAAGGGGGGAGAGCUCUUCCAUGGAUCCAGAUGAACGGGUUUUCCAUGUAAUGGAUGACCGGGAAGAGUUUGAUGGCAGAAGUGCCCGCAGUGGAUACAGUGAGAGGAGCUGGCAUAGUGGCAAUGGAGGACGUAGCCGUAGUUGGGAAAAUAGCCCUGAAAGAAGACUUCCCCAUGACCAACCUCGUGGCCGGGAAAGGAGCUAUAGCCGGGAACGGAGCCGGGGCCGGAGUCUAGAGAGGGGUUUAGAUCAGGACUAUAGGAGAGACAGGAGUCAAGGCCGAAGCAUUGAUCGGGACGAUGGUUAUGACUAUGGCCAUCGAAGGGAUUACAGUCCAUCUGUGGAGUAUAGCCAGAGGCAUUCAGGCAGUGGUAGAUAUGAGAUGAAGAGGAGCCAAAGUCGAGAUCAACUCCAUUCCCGAAGCCCUACUCCUGAGAUGAGACAUCGGUCAGAGCAACAUGACGUAGAAAGACCCAUUGAUGUCCUUUUGACAAAAAGCAAAUCAAAUGAAGAAUAUGGUCUUCGACUUGGGAGUCAGAUUUUCAUAAAGGAAAUGACUAGAACUGGUCUAGCAACUAAAGAUGGCAAUCUUCAUGAAGGAGACAUAAUUCUCAAGAUCAAUGGCACUGUAACAGAAAAUAUGUCUUUAGCUGAUGCUCGAAAACUGAUAGAAAAAUCAAGAGGAAAACUCCAGUUAGUAGUCUUGAGAGACAGCAAACAGACUCUAAUCAAUAUACCUUCAUUACAUGACAGUGACUCAGAAAUAGAAGAUAUUUCAGAAAUAGAAUCAAACCGAUCAUUUUCUCCAGAUGAGAGAAGAGCUGAUUUUGAUUAUCAUUCCUCGAAUGAAAAGCUGAAAGAGAGGACAAAUUCAAGAGAGGAUACAUCAAAUAGAUUGUCCAAGAUGGGGGCAACACCCACACCAUUUAAAUCCACUGGUGAUAUUGUUACUGCUGUUUUCCAAGAGAACAAUAAGGAACCUAAAUACCAAGAAGAUCCCCCAGUUUCUCAACCUAAAGCAGCACCAAGAACUUUUCUUCGGCCAAGUCCAGAAGAUGAAGCAAUAUAUGGUCCAAAUACCAAAAUGGUGAAAUUCAAGAAAGGAGAUAGUGUAGGCCUCCGAUUGGCUGGUGGAAAUGAUGUUGGGAUAUUCGUUGCUGGCAUUCAAGAAGGAACCUCGGCAGAGCAAGAAGGUCUACAAGAAGGAGACCAGAUUUUAAAGGUGAACUCUCAGGAUUUCAGAGGCCUAGUUCGAGAGGAUGCUGUUCUCUACCUUUUAGAAAUUCCCAAAGGUGAAAUGGUGACUAUAUUAGCUCAGAGCAGAGCAGAUGUAUAUAGGGACAUUCUGGCCUGUGGCAGAGGGGACUCAUUUUUCAUCAGGAGCCACUUUGAAUGUGAGAAAGAAUCACCUCAGAGCUUAGCAUUCACAAGAGGAGAGAUAUUCAGAGUUGUAGAUACACUCUAUGAUGGCAAGCUGGGUAAUUGGCUAGCUGUAAGAAUCGGAAAUGAACUGGAAAAAGGCCUAAUUCCAAAUAAAAGCAGAGCUGAACAAAUGGCCAGUGUACAGAAUGCUCAAAGAGACAACUCUGGAGACAGGGCAGAUUUCUGGAGAAUGCGUGGUCAGAGAUCUGGAGUCAAAAAGAAUCUGAGGAAGAGUCGAGAGGAUCUGACUGCUAUAGUAUCUGUUAGCACCAAAUUCCCAGCUUAUGAAAGGGUUUUACUUCGAGAGGCUGGUUUUAAGAGGCCUGUGGUCUUGUUUGGACCAAUAGCUGAUAUAGCCAUGGAGAAGUUGGCCAAUGAAUUGCCUGAUCUAUUUCAAACUGCUAAGACAGAACCAAAAGAUGCAGGAUCUGAGAAGUCCAGUGGAGUUGUGCGACUAAAUACUGUGAGGCAAAUUAUUGAACAGAAUAAACAUGCCCUACUGGAUGUGACUCCUAAAGCUGUGGAUUUGUUAAACUAUACUCAGUGGUUCCCAAUUGUGAUCUUCUUCAACCCAGACUCUAGACAGGGAGUGAAAACAAUGAGGCAGAGGUUGAAUCCUACAUCUAACAAGAGUUCUCGGAAGUUAUUUGACCAAGCCAAUAAACUAAAAAAGACCUGUGCUCAUCUUUUUACAGGUACAAUCAAUCUCAAUUCAACCAAUGACAGCUGGUUUGGCAGCUUAAAAGAUUUAAUUCACCAACAGCAAGGAGAAGCAGUUUGGGUAUCAGAAGGAAAGUUGGAAGGGAUGGAUGAUGAUAUGGAUGACCGAAUGUCCUACUUAACUGCUAUGGGUGCUGACUAUCUGAGCUGUGACAGCCGCUUGAUCAGUGACUUUGAAGACACUGAUGGAGAAGGAGGUGCCUAUACUGAUAAUGAGCUUGAUGAACCAGGAGAGGAACCCCAAGUUUCAUCAAUUACCCGUUCAUCUGAACCAGUACUACAUGAAGAGAGCAUAAGGAAACCCAGCCCAGAGCCAAGAGGUCAGAUGAGGAGGGCUGGUAGUAGAGACCAACUUAGGGAUACUAGCCCACCUCCAGCUUUCAAGCCUGAGCCACCAAAGGCCAAACUCCAAAACAAAGAUGAACCCUAUGAUAUUCCCAAGUCCUAUGAAUACAAACCAAACAAUUCUGUUACUACCAGUAAUGAAAUUCCAGGGGCAGCCACCAAGCCAUAUGUUCCACCUGUUCCUCUAAAGCCUGCCUUUGGACGUUCAAUAUUGAAGCCUUCUACACCUACCUUCCCCUCCCAAGAAAAUGAGGAGCAUAAAGGAAAUGGGGAAGAAACAAACAAUGCUCCAAAAUCAGUUCUGGGCAAAGUUAAAAUAUUUGAGAAGAUGGAUCACAAGGCAAGGAUACAGAGAAUGCAAGAACUCCAAGAAGCACAGAAUGCAAGGCUUGAAAUUGCUCAGAAACAUCCUGACAUCUAUGCUGUCCCCAUCAAAACACCAAAACCAGAUCCCAGCUCAACCCAGGUCACAAGUUCCAGACCCCCGGAGCCUCAGAAACCACCUUCAAGACAGUACCAAGAUUCUAAGGGAAGUUAUGGCAGUGACAUUGAAGAAGAAGAAUACCGCCAGCAGUUGUCAGAACAUUCUAAGCGUGGAUAUUAUGGACAGCCAGCCAGAUAUCGGGAUACCGAAUUAUAGAUUUUACUGCCUUCUGGGAGAGUGCCUGUCACCACAUUGAAAUAGCACUCCUAGUAAAUCACAGGGAUGUGGCAAUUUUUCAGUUAAAGCAGACUUUGAAGAUCUGGAGGGACUUAAAGUUAAGGGCUGGGAUGUGGGAGUGGGGUGGAGAGAGGUUAUAGUUUGAGUCAGAUCCAUACACUGGAACAACUAGAACACAUCAUUUUUGUGAAUGGGUUAGGGUUUUGUUGCUUGAUAAACAUUGAGUGAAACAUACAGUCCCAAGGCUGUUUCUUGUUUCACAUGGACCAAAAGCUGUUUCAGGAAGUAUAUUAACUUGCUUUAAUAUUUUUAAUAUUUGUAUUAAAAUGUUAACUUUUUCUUCAAUACAGCUGCCUUUAGGAGAUCGCACCAGUAUAGGCAGAAAUGUAAGAAAAGGAAUGAGAACAUUUGAACUAAAUUAAGUUCAAAGAAGUAUUUUAUUACUGCUCUCAAAGUGCCUUUAAUGAGAAAUGACUUAAAUUUUCUUCCUUUGAUAAUUAUGCAAAGCCAUAAUGGACUAAAGAGUAUUUUGACUAAUUUUUAUACUUGUUCAUAGCUACAGCUUUUCUUGCAUGGCAUCUCAUUGCCAAGGUUUUUGUCUAUGUAAUACUUUCCACAAGUCCUAGUUUUCUAUGUGUGUGUGCUUAUGUGUGUGUGUGUAUAUAUAUAUAUAUAUAUAUAAAAAUCUAUAAAAGGUGUCCUUGGUAGUGCGGCUAUACUACUGAAAAGCUUGAAGACCAAAAGAUGAUGUAGAAAUUCAGUUCAUAUGGUUUUUAACUUUGUAAUUCCACAGAAUCAAAUAAAUACUCUAGGAAAGCACAUCUUGUGCUUUGUUAAAUAUAUAUAUGUAUAUAAAUAUAUGUAUGUGUAUACACACAUAUAUGUUGGCAGUGAGGACUGUAAGUGUGUUAACCAAAUAAAAAGCAGUACAUUGCAGUGAUUCAGUGUGUUCUACUGAGUUUCUUAGAGUUAAAAUAUAUUCAUAGUGUAAACUUGGUAAUUUGGUUUGGCAUGUGUGAUUCAAAAAACACUUAAUACACUUAGAAAAGAAGAAAAAGAGAAGAUAUAUCUUGGUUUAUUUGC